AAAUAUUGCCGGAGGUCAUGGGUCUUUGCACGUGAGUAACUCAUUGCCCUUUAAUUGGAAGGGUGACUGCAAAGCAGCUAGCAGGGAGAGAUUGUUCUCGAUGUGGAAUCUGCAUUUAUGCAUUCAUUCUGAGUGCAACCAUGUAAUCAGGUCAACAAGAUGACACUCUGCAGUGGUGUAGGUGGAAGAUUGGCAGCACGCUAUUAGGAACUGGGAGAAGCUAAAGAGGAGAGACACAUUUAUGUUAUCUCUGCCUCCAGAUGGGAUCCCAACCUACUGUGCAUUUCUGGGUAGUCUUUAUCAGAGCUCUGCACAUCACGAAAAUGACUUUUAAAACUCUCAGCCAGAGAGUACUCUCCACCCCAACUUGACUUAUACUUCUCAGGAGAUAACUGUCUUAGACCUCUCCAAGUCAGUUUUCUUCUUUUUGCAAGAGUAAGAGUGCAACAUACCUUGGAAUAAAGAGAAUUAUCAAGGCAAAGUGCAGCUGCACUGGCUGAAGUUGGAGUGAAGAAACAACUCAUAAAGUCUCAGUGCAUCCAGACCCUUGUUUGUGGAUUGUGUACGCACUUCUACCAGUAAGCUGACUGUUGGGCUUGAUCAGGGACAUCUGAAUUGCUUGAAGACUCCAGUGGGUGAUCUUUGGUUGAAGAACUGUCACCAAAAUUGGGGAGUAGAAUACAAACUCCAGAACGCAAGAAAAAAACGAGAAAGAAACAAAUGCAAGGGUUCUCUGCUUGAGCUCAGUGUUUUUUACAAUGUCUUGGGAGGACUCCAGGACGUCAGUACUUCUGCUGGCCAGCAUUCUGUUGCUGAUCUUGCAAAGAUUGGCAGCGUCCCACCUUAUGAUGGAUAUGGCUCUACAUUCCUUUGAUGACCAGUACCUGGGUUGCAGAGAGCAGAUGAUGGAAGAACUGGAGAGGGGAGACUACUUCCAGAAGGAAAUAGCUGCUAGUAAGAACUAUUUGAACCUCUGGAAGAAGGCUCAGGAAGCUUUGCUGAAGAGCCCUGUAGGUCUCCUGAGGGAGAUGCAUGAUAGUCACGCCACCGUCCUCAUGGCUUACACCAUGAAUUCUUCCCUGCACUCUCAGCUGAACUGGGCCACAUCCACAGCAGGAAGGUCUCCAGAGCAUUACAGACAUAACUUCAGCUACAAAUAUUUUCACUUUUACCUAACGACAGCUAUCCAGAUAAUGAAGCAGUGGCAGAGCAGCAAGGACGGCGUGGGGAAACGUCACUGCUACCGGGUGCACAGGGGUGUGAAGGACUUAUAUAUUGAGGCUACAGUUGGCAGCAUGGUGAGGUUUGGCCGUUUCACCUCCACCUCUCGCCUCUGGAAUGAAGCCCAGAAAUUUGGGAAUGAAACUUUGUUUACGGUGACAACCUGCCUGGGAGCAGCUAUGCAAGGCUUUUCUUACUACACAUCUGAGAAGGAAGUCCUCAUUCCCCCUUAUGAGAUAUUCCUUGUCAAAAACUUCUUUCGGACACAGCAUGGUAACCGGCUCCACCUGCAUUCUGUGGGGAACUACAGCAAGUACCGCUGCCAGCUCUUGGAAGCUUCAAGAAUCAAGAACAGUGGAUCUACUGCCUCUGCCUCCGUCAUUCUUUUUAUUGUAGUUGGCAUUUUAUUGUGCUGGGCCAGAGACACUAAGUACACAUUUCAAAAAGGACUGGGAAGAUUAGAAACAGCUGUCACAGGUACGUCUUGAAUGCGUGCAGUCAAGCUUGCUCGAACUCCUUCCUAUGUGAAAGUUAAUGGAAUCAAGGUGGACAAGGUUGGCACAUUCGUGCCUCUUGCAACUUUUCUGUUAUUGCUGGGAUGCAGUUUUCAAUCAUUUUAACAAAGAUUUGGAAUGCUUCACACGGCGGCCUCAGCACCCUGAAAGCCUCCUCUAAGCAGUCAGCUGCUACUUUCAGGCUUUUCUUUAUGGACCUAUGUCCUCGGAGGAGGGUCUGUAUGAAAGCAAAAAGCGAAGAGUUGGAGGAUACAGAACGAAGCUUGAGCUGUUGUGAUGUUUCACCUGAGGAGGAGCUGUCUUCUGUAGUACUUGGUGUCCCAUUCUGUUGCAGCAUCUUAAUGACAUCAGCAUAGUCCAUGAGAAGUUCUGAUACAUGGAGGGAUAAAGCAGGCGAACUCAGUAACUGCUCCAUAGCAGACUCGACUGUGCCAGGGAAAUUAUCAUGUUUUAACAACACUGCAACCAGUGCGCCCAAGAUACUUCCUAUAAUCUCCUUAUAAUGAUCAUAGAUAUCUUUUACUGCAGCCAUUUUUUCCUGUAGAGAGAUGAUGCGACCGGUAAUUUUAGCACACAGUCUUUGCUUCAUGCUUUCCUGUACAUCUCUGUCUCUUGUUUCCAUUGUGGCUUGCAUCUCUUUUAAAGCACUGACCAGCAACUGCAGGUUCUCUUUAAUGCUGAAGUUUUCUUUUACUGUCAUGGUGGGGAAGUUGGUACCAAGCUGGUGAUUGAGGAUCUGGAAUAUUGUAUUAGUUGAAGAGACAUAAAUGUACACUAAUUCAUACA